CCAUGUUCCCACUUGGAAUCUCAGAAAAUGAACUGGAUUUCCGGCGCGCUCAAAUGACGUAAUGCGGAAGAAGGUGGUGAGCAAUCGCCAUGGCAACCGCGCUUUCUUUUUCAGAGGGCCACCGAGCUGAUUUCAACUUGACCUCAGUAUCUCCUUAUAAGAUGAGUAGCUGCUUUUCAUCAAGGGUGGAAGACAGAGUUCAGCAAACUCUGAAAAAAGUCUUUGGAUUUGACUCUUUCAAGACCUCGUUGCAGAAAAGUGCAAUCAUGACUGUGGUGAAAGGGGAGAAGGAUGUUUUUAUAUGUAUGCCAACUGGGGCAGGGAAAUCCUUAUGCUAUCAGCUUCCUGCAGUCCUGGCAUCAGGCAUCACCAUUGUCAUUUCACCUUUAAUAGCACUGAUUCAGGACCAGGUGGAUCAUCUACUUUCUCUUAAAGUCAAAGUAAGCUCCCUUAACUCCAAGAUUUCUGCCCAAGAAAGAAAAGCCAUCCUAACUGACUUAAUGAGUGAACAACCCCAUACAAAACUCUUGUAUAUCACACCGGAGAUGGCAGCUUCCUCUUCCUUUCAACCCACCUUGGACGUUCUAGUGUCUCGAAACCUUCUCUCCUAUCUGAUAGUUGAUGAGGCUCACUGUGUCUCUCAGUGGGGGCAUGACUUUCGACCAGAUUACCUGCGGCUUGGCUCCUUGCGCUAUCGCAUACCCAGCACGCCAUGCAUAGCCCUGACGGCCACUGCCACUAAACAAGUCCAAGAUGAUAUUGUAGCAUCACUUAAGCUAAGGCCACCUGUUGCCACCUUCAGGACACCUUGUUUCAGGCCCAACCUCUUCUACGAUGUGCAAUAUAAAGAGCUCUUAACAGAUCCUUAUGAAAACCUGAAGGAUUUCUGUCUAAAGUCCUUUGGGAAGGAGAAUGCCUCAGGGGGUUACACAGGUUGUGGAAUCGUCUACUGCAGGAUGAGAGAGGUCUGUGAGCAGGUGGCUAUUGAGCUGAACCACAGAGGAUUGAAAGCCAAAGCAUACCAUGCUGGUCUGAAAGUAGGAGAAAGGACAGUAGUUCAGAAUGAAUGGAUGGAAGAAAAAGUUCCAAUUAUUGUUGCUACUAUUAGUUUUGGAAUGGGUGUUGACAAAGCGAACGUCAGAUUUGUUGCACACUGGAAUAUUCCCAAAUCUAUGGCCGGAUAUUAUCAAGAAUCUGGAAGGGCUGGAAGAGAUGGGAAGCCAUCCAACUGUCGCCUGUAUUAUUCUCGGAGUGACAGGGAUCAACUCACCUUCCUUAUCAAGAAAGAAAUGGCUAAGCUCCAGGAGAAACGAGGCACCUUGAAAGAAUCUGAUAAAGCUAUGCUAAGAGACUUUGAUGCAAUGGUGGCCUUCUCUGGAGAGCUGGGUUGCCGCCACGCUGCCAUAGCCAGCUUCUUUGGCGAUGCCAUCCCACAAUGUAACAAGUGCUGUGAUUUCUGUAAGAAUCCGGCAGCUGUGAAGAGGCAGGUUGAAGCUUUGGAGCACAGCACCAGUAGCUGGAGCCGAACCUGCAUUGGGCCCUCCACUACCGCUUGGAACGCCUGUGACCCAGACCUGUAUGAAGGAGGAAGAAGAGGCUGCUGCAGAUAUGAUGAAGAUGGUGGGAGUGUGCGUGAACCUAAUGAUGACAAUCAGAAAAAGGAAUGGAGUAACUUUUACAAGAAACAGAUGAUGUUGCGCAAGAGUAAUGAAGUAGAACAGGACAAUUUUGUCCCUCCAGAUGCUGAUUGUCCUUUGAAGGAUGCAGCCAGCAGGAAAAUUGCACGGAUCACAGUGAAGGCUAGAGAACACUGCCUGAAGAUGCUGGAAGAAGCACUCAGCAGCAACCAGCAAGCAGCACCAACAAGAGAUGGCUCGGAUCCUGUUGCAUGGGCUGUGGAAAUGGAAUAUAAGGCAUUCCAGAUUAGUAAGACAGCAAACCUGUACAAAGCAAAUGUUCUAAAGAAGGUAUCGGAAAUUAACAAAGCUUCCAAAGAGGGGGAACUAUAUUCCACCCUUACUUCAGGUGUCAAUGGCUGUCUUGAGGUGAAAACUGAACCAGCUGCAACAGCUGAUGAUGAGUACUUCCAGGCAUCCAAGGUGAACACAUUUAAACCCAAGAGAGUGGGGAUUGGAUUUCGAAAGACAUCUAGUGUGUUCCAGUCUGCUUCAGAUGUUCUGGCUACCAAAGAUCCCAACGAAGCUCAUAUUGUGAAGGAGGAAAUGAGUCCAAACUGGACUACAUCUGCCACUGAGUCUGUAGGCAUCAGUGACAGACUUGAGAAAAAGGUGAAAGCAACCAAAGAAGUCAGCAAAAAUACAGAUGAAGUCCCCGAGAAGAAAGGACAACCCAGCAUCUCCAAUUUUACAGCCUCCUUGGGAGUCAGUCCCACUAAGAAGGGCAAACCCACUAAGAAGCAGCAAAUGCUGGCAGAAGCAGCUCGGAAGGAAUCUCAGAACAUUGCAAAAUUUUUCUCCAUUCCCAAAGCAGGGCCUAAGGCCUUAGCUUUGGAGGAUGAUUUGAGAGAAGGGAGGAACAGUCAUCUCAGUGAACCACUUCAGUUUCCUUCCCAAAGACUGUGUGAGGAAAAAACACCAUCUCAGGAAACAGAAACUGUCUCCAAAGAAGAAAAAGCUAGCUCUUCACAGAUACGGGAACAAAACUCUGGGAAGGAAGAAGGAAGUAUGACUUUGCAAAGUCCUACCUCAGGAGCAGUAUCUCCAUAUUUAAAUUCAGCUGUUGAAAAACCAAGCAAUGUUCAAUUUUUGGUGGAAGAUGAGACGGCCAAGAGUCACACAAGCCUUAAUGGAAAGAGACCAGGAUCAACUGAGGACCUCGAGAGUCCUGCUGAAAAGAGGCUGAGGAUGAUGAGCACGUCUUCCACAGUGUUGCCACCAGAGGCAAAAGAUGGUGUACCAGUGAAAAAGAAAGUCACUUUUGAUCCAAACUUUUCACACAUUGAUAAGGAAGGAACCAACAAAAUCAUCCAGCCGCUGACAAAGGCAUUGUCACUUAAGGAAACAGCAGAAAUUGUUGUAAAAUAUUUGACUCCAUUCUACAAAGGUGGCAAAUUUGCUUCAAAGGAUCUGUUUAAAGGGUUUGCCCGGCACCUCUCUCACUUGCUGGCUGCGGACAAGAGUCCUCUUCGUAAGACGGUGAAAGAAGAGGCACAGAAGUUGAUCAGAGCAUUUUUCAAAAACCGGAGCAAGUGUGAAAAUGAGAUGGAUUGGCAGAAUUUGACCAGCUUGGAAACAUGACCCAUGAAAUGCAGCAUCUCUUUUCUACUUCCUGUAGCUGCUGGACCCCCUGGUCCUCUGAGAGUUUUCGCUGGCGGUGUGCUUUGCUGGGAGGGGGGAAUUUUAGCAGAGAGCAUCCCUAGGAAGAAGUGUUUUGGUGCACAACAAAUGUUUCCUUGGUGUGCUCUCAGAUAUAUGUCACACCCCUCUUUAGGUGUCCUGUGAGGGAUCUGAAUUUGUGCAUAUGGCUAGGAAUCAUGCUGCCACCCAAGAUUGUCUGGCCCCAAUGUUUGUUGAGGUGGAUUAUAUUUUUUCGCCAGGAGCAGCCUUAAAUACAAGACAUACACCUGCAUCUGUCAGGGUUUCUGUGCUGUAGGAGCAACUUGUUCCAGAGCACAUUAGUUUGACGAGCUCUCCUGUCUAGUUUGACAUUGGAAGGAGAUUCUGGAAAAGUGUUUUGGACAGUUCCUGUUUGAUAUUCUCUUAACAUGUUGAAAUAUUUAUUUUAUUUGACUCAAGGUUGUAUGAAAACUACAUGUGACAAAACCCAAGGACUUUUGUUUGUUUUUUAAAAGAGGGUGCUGCUUUGAAGAGAGCCAUUCAACCCAAUUUGGUGGUGGUGGUGGAUCUCUGCCUUCUGCUUUGUCACACCAAAUGGCCACGUCAAAUGCCCUGCCUUCAUGCAAAGUUUCGAAUCCAUGUCUAUUAGCCUUCAGUCCACAGUGGUCAUCAAGAUUCUAUGUAAUAUGUUGUUAGGGUCGAAGAGUCUGUUUUUUAAGUAGAAAGUUGUAGAAAGUCCUUUUUUCUUAUGCUCUCCAAGAUUUAAUUGCAAGCUUUUAUUAAUAGGAACAGGAAUGUGCAGAGCUUUUCAUUUAUAAAGGCUAUUAUAACUCAUCAGCAUGUGCAGCUUUCAAGGUAGGAUUUUUCUCCUUCUGUGAAACCUCAGGAAUAAACAGAGGCUGUGGGCUAACGCCCUGGCCCAUCUCCAGAUGUUGGUUAUUAGUAUGGUCUUGUUUUUGUAUAGGGAAGAGGCACGUAUCAUUACGGUUAGAGCAUUACGGAGGCAGGGGCAUUUGCAUGAAUAUCUACAACAGUAAAAGGAAAAGCGUAAUAUAUCUUUAAGGAGAAAUGCAAUUGCAGUAGUAUGCAUUCUUGUACAGUAACACUGCAUUAUUUAUCUUGCAUUUUUAUUUGAGGUACAGAGUAACCCCUUAAUAAUGAGCUCAUAGAGAUAAGCUUUACUGACAAGUAAUUCCAAUGAAUGCCUGAAGAUUUAUUCUUAUUUAUACUUCUACAGAUUUAUUGAUAUCUGACAAGGAACUAGGUCCUGUCCUGGACCCUUGACAUUUGUACCUGUGUAAAAUGUGUGCUGCAUUUAGAGACGUACAUGCAUACACAAAACGUUUCAUAAAUGCGCCUUAAAAUCAACAUGGAAUGUUGUCCUUUGAAUUACCAGUUAUUGAAAAUGGAUGUGCAUUUGGAAAAGGUAACAGCCAAAAUAUUGCACUCUUUUAAAAAAGUGAAUUCUAAAAGCCAUAUUGCUGCACUUGUACCUCCAAUAUGAUGCUAAUCAAUGACUCUGCAGUGGGCAAAACUGCUCAGAGCUUGUGAGGAAGAUGCUGCUUUAUUUAUAUAUUGUUAGAACUGAAAACAGGUUAAGAUUUCCUGCUUGGAACAGCAUUUUUUAUGCUUGCAUUUUGUUGACCUGUGCCUUAGUUCUCUCUUGAGGAGCUGUUGAACUUUCUGAUUGGAAGCUCACAGACAAACAGGAGAGGAGUCUUCUAAAUACUGUAGUUUGUACUUGGGGAACUAGGCUUAGUUAACUGCAAAUAAAAUCAAUGUAAAAUGUG